AUCGCUCUUCGAUUUUGAGUUGAAUUCUUGAAAUUUCGCCGGCGAAUUACGUCGAGGAUGGCGGUGGAUUCGACGGGGUACGCGACGGACCAUCACGCGGAGAUCCAGGAGGCGGCGGCUGCAGGGCUUCGGAGCUUGGAGCGCCUCGUCCUCCAGUUCUCCCUCCACCAGCCGUCGUCGGACUGCCGAGACAUCGCUGACCAGAUCGUCAAGUUUAAGGACGUUAUCUCCGUCCUGAAAAGAACCGGCCACGCCCGCUUCCGCCGUGGACCUCAGCCUGCCGCCGUCUCUGCUCGCAACGGCAGUGUCACCGGCAAGGUGGGCAACUCUGCUGUUCUCGUCCCUUCAACCGGUGCUGCAGCCGCAGUCACCCGCGGGGGGAAACCCCCUCUGGCAUGCUCCCACAAGAGGAAGGACGCGCCCGACACCGUCCACUCCGCCGGCGAAGUCUCCGGAGCCCGCUGCCACUGCUCGAAGAAAAGGAGCCGUGACGGAAAGACGGUGGUGCGCGUGCCGGCGAUAAGCUCGAGGAACGCCGACAUCCCGGCGGAUGAGUACACUUGGCGGAAGUACGGGCAGAAGCCGAUCAAAGGAUCGCCUUACCCGAGGGGCUACUACAGGUGUAGCGGCGUCAACGGAUGCCCUGCUCGUAAGCAGGUAGAGCGGGCGGCCGACGACCCCGCGAUGCUCAUCGUGACUUAUGAGGGCGAACACCGGCACGACCGUCGGGGAAAGUCAACGCCGGAGUUUCCGGUCGUCGAUGAGGCUUCCCGUUGACCAUUAUGUAGUCUUCGCCUUUGACCUCAAUACGGUCUUGAUAAACUAAAUGAAUAAUUAUAUGAAAA